AUGAAAUUAUCAUAUAUUAUAUGCCACUUAUCGCACAGUCUGCUUUUUAUACCAAUCACCACAAAAAUCCGUUCGCCAGUUUUUUCGGCUCACUUUCACUGCUAUGUUCACAAAAUACGCUUCGCGGUCCUUGCUGAGAACAAGCAAUACGAAAAAAUUCCCGGCCAAAAGCCGCUGACUAUUCUGGAGAAUUUGCUGAGGUUACUGCCUGUUGUUGGAAAACUACACAAGUCUCCCAUCUUGAAGAUGUUGAAUCGAUCCAGGAAACAAUAUGGGGAUGUGGUUGUUUCGAAUUCUAUACUUGGGAAACCAGACUCUGUAUAUAUUUAUAACGUUAAGGACAUUGAAAACGUUCUAAGGAAUUCAGGGACCUAUCCAGUGAGGAAAAUUUUAGAAAUUUUUGUACAUUAUCGAACAGUGGUGAGAAAAGACAUAUUUCAAGAUUUCGGAGGAAUUUUAACGGUACAAGGCGAAGAUUGGUUCAAAGUCAGAUCUAUAGUCAAUCCUAUUCUCAUGCAGUCAAAAGUCAUCCAUCAGUACAUGUCAAAGCUAGAAGGAGUAGCGAAUGAGCUAGUAGAAAAUAUGAGGCAUUUCUCAAGACUCAGCGAAAACCAUCAGAUGCCGGACGAUUUCGAGAACGAGCUAUACAAGUGGGCUCUGGAAUCAGUCGGUAUCAUGGCUCUCAAUAAGCAUUUCGGUUGUCUGGAUUUGACGACACCGCAAGAUUCCGAUCCGAAGAAACUAGUCAGUGCCAUUUUAGAUACGUUUGACCACUUGUAUCUUAUUGAAAUAACGCCACCGCUUUGGAAGUUAUUCAGUACGCCGUUAUACAAGAAAUUCGUCAAAAAUUUGGAUUUUAUAAAUAGCGUCAUUAUAAAAAGCAUCGACGAGGCCUUGGCUGAACCCAUCGACGACUCAAUACCAGAGCACCAGCUCAGUAUCCUUCACAGACUUGGGAAACGAGACAAAAAAGUAGCCUUCACCAUGGUGAUAGACAUGCUGAUUUCCGGAUUGGAUACGACCGGCAAAACCUUGGGGUCGAUACUCUACUUCCUAGCCAAGAAUCCGGAGAAGCAAGCCAAGCUACGGGAGGAGAUUCUCAAGGUUCUUCCUGAGAAAGACUCCGACAUUACAGCAGAGAGAUUGGAAAAGUUAUCAUACUUGAGAGCUGUAAUAAAGGAGUCCACCAGGAUUGCUCCUGCCGCUUUUGUAUCUUUCAGGACUACGGUGAAAGAUCUUGUUUUAGGAGGUUACCAGAUUCCCAAAGGGACUAAUGUAACGUUGGUAUCGAUUUGCACGUCGAAUUCUUCGGAACACUUUAAGGACCCAGAAAAAUUUAUGCCAGAACGUUGGCUGCGAGAAACAGAUGACGAAUACUCCUUCAAAAAGGUGAAUCCAUUCGCAAGUCUUCCAUUCGGAUACGGACCUAGAAAGUGUAUCGGCAUGAGAUUUGCCAAUUUGGAGCUGGAGUUGGCUCUCAUUAAGAUCAUAAGGAGUUUCGAGCUGUCCUGGGAACAUCCCGAUAUGGAGUUUGCUUCACAUUUGCUGUAUGGAAUAAGCAAUCCACUGAAACUUACUGUAAAAGAAGUGACGAAAUGAAAAACUUAUAAUGUGUACUACUUUGAAGUUUAUAAAAUCGGGGUAAUUUUGCUAUAUAAAGAAACACAAAUUUUAGAUAUAAGACAAUUAUUCAUCCUUCAGAUAGGAUGCCAGCUAUACAAGAACAAAACUGAACAUGACACUCCAAACCAUCCGUAUGCAACGAGAAAAAGGCAACACCAUUGUAUACCACUGGUUGCCAAAUCUAUAGGACAGAGAAGCUAUCGGUAUCUAGCUCCCAAACUAUUAAAUUAUUUACCAAAAGAAAUUACAUAUGAAACUUCUCUGAAACGCUUCAGAAAACAAUU